AUGUAGGGUGUACAUAGUUUAACCGUUGUCGGGUCCAAAUAAGUUUCCCCUCUACCGAGAAAGGAAAAACCGAAAAGCCCAGCAAAAACCCUAGUUACCUAUUCGAUCCCAAUCUUUCCGGUCUGGCUACAACGGGAAAUUUGUGUUACAGUGUGAACAUCAGCUUCGAAAAUGGCUAACACUGCCCUCAGAAAUCUGCUUUCUUUAGUACAAAAACGCCUUCUUGCAACAUUACCAACGCCUACAGCUGCAUUAUGUUCAUCUUUUACAGUUGAGUACCUGGUGAAGUCAUGCGGGCUUCCUUUAGAAUCUGCAAUCUCAGCCUCCAAGAAGCUCCAGAUUGAUAAGAAGCAAACACAUCGGAUAGAUUCUAUGCUCAAAUUCUUGAAAUCUAACGGAUUUGAUGAUGCCCAAAUCGCCAAAUUGAUCACCAAGCGCCCCACAAUCCUCCAUUACAAGGUACUCAGCAAUCUGGAGCCCAAAUUCAACUUUCUCAUUGAAAAUGGCUUUGUGGGUCAGAAUCUGCCAGAGCUCGUUUUAUUGAAUCCAGUCAUUUUGACUCGGAGUUUGGAUUCUCACAUAAAACCAGCAGUUCAAUUUCUCAAGAAAUUGCUUUCAACCAAUGAUAUGUUGGCGGCGGCCAAGCGCUCUUCAUGGCUGUUAAACAUGGAUAGUGUGGGUACAAUUCAACCCAAUGUGGCCCUUUUGCAGAGUGAAGGUGUUCCCUUAGAUGUUAUAACAAAAAUGAUAUUGUUUCAGCCAAGGACUGUAAUGCAAAAUGUUGACAGAAUGGCUUAUGCAGUUAGAACAAUAAAAGAUUUGGGCAUUGACCCGACUGGUCCGAUGUUUGUCCGGGCUGUUCGAGUUAUGAUCUCUAUGAAAGAGUCAACAUGGAAAAGGAAAAUUGAAUUUUUUAAGAGUUACGGGUGGUCUGAAGAUGUUGUUCUGUCAGUUUUUAAGCGCCAACCAUUUUGUUUAGCUUGUUCGGAGGAGAAACUUGGGAGAGUCAUGGAUUUCUUUCUGAACACUGUGAAGUUGGAACCGGAGACUAUGAUUGCCAAUCCCAUGCUUCUUAUGCAUGGUUUUGAGAAAACAGUUCUACCAAGGUAUAAUGUUUUCAAGAUUUUGGUUUCUAAGGAGCUGAUUAAUAGGGACAACAAGAGGCUGUGUUGGUUGAUCACACAAAGUGAGAGGAGAUUUUUGGAUUAUUAUGUUCUUAAGUAUUUGAAUGAAGUCCCAGACCUACUGGAGAUAUACCAUAGUUCUAAGGAAGAGACAAUAGAGAUUCCUUAGUGCAAUAGAUAAUCUUGAUUCUGUACAGGGUAUUUUUGUGUGUCCUCUGCUACGAUGGAUUUUUUCUGGACUGAAAAAGACUUUAUUGCAACCAGUAAAUGAUGUUGCUGUUUGCUGUAAUGUUUUCAAAAUGAGGACAGCAGAAGAACAACUGUGCCUCAUUGAGAAAUGCUUGAGAUCCUUUGGUAAGAAGAUGGUGGGGGAUUUACUAUGGAUCGCAUACGUUCAAAGGCUCCAGUGCUGGUAAAUUUUAAGAUAAGGGUCAUCUCUAAGAGGGGAUAUUUUUGUUGCCUGCACUAGUGAUCACAGCCGGGUAGGUCAUGGUUGUACAUUACCGAAUACAAGGGCAGUAUGUGCAUGUUUGAAAUAUGGUGAAUAAUAUUUUAACAUCCCUUCUUAACGAUGUUUUCUUUAAGAAUGCCUCUUCUGUCAUCUUACCUAUAUUAAAUCAUCAGCCUUGCAUUAUCUCAUGAGGUUCUUAACUAACAUUAAAUGCAUACCCAAUCUGAAUUCAUUUAGCCAGGCUCUCCCUAAGUUAAAAUGCUUGGAUACAUUAUCGUUGUACUUGUACGUAUUGGUAUACAGGUCUAAUUUUACCAACAAACUAGGAUGCUUUUUGAGACUGAAGUUACUUUUCUUGCUUUUCCCUGUAUUAGUAUCCUUACUCUUAGAAUUAGAAGGCCCAUGGUUUUGCAUAUGAUUCCACCAAUUGCUUUCAUUAUUCUGAAACUUGUUGAGGGAGUAGUCAUGGCCAAAAGUGAUGAUCACUUAUUUUGGAAAAGAAAUUACGUCUCCUUCCAUAUAAAAGAGUCAUUCCUCCGUACUAUGACAUAUGUGGAUGAACUUUUCUUUGUACUUUUGAUGGAUUAUUUUUGUAAGUGUCAAACUGUGAUUCGCAGGUCAUAAGGAAUGGGUUGGUUGGAAAUUCUUUUAUGCAGCACAAGCUCCAGAAAAUCUUCUUUUUUUCCUUUUCUUUUUUUUUGUUGUUGGAAGCUUCUGAAAAACCAAAGUUAUGCAGAUGUAAUGAAACUUGUGAUACAUUCUCAUUUUAUUAAUUGAUCUCAGUUCUCA